AUGAUGGCCGACCAUCUUGAUUUGGACGAUGAAUUCGACACCGGUGAUGAAACGGAUCAGUCUGAAGCACUUGAGACUUCAACGUCGGAAUUCUACAAUGCGUUUGAAGUAAAAAAUGUAUUGGGACAUGGAUUAGCAUCGACUGUUCGACUCUGUAUUGAAAAAGGGACAGGUUUGGAAUUUGCAGUAAAAAUUGUUGAUAUCAGUACGGAGCGCCAAUCAGAAGUGGAAGCUCAUCGAUUAUAUAAUGAAACAAUUAGCGAAGUAAAUUUGCUAAGACAGCUUUCAGAACAUCCGUCAAUUAUUAAUAUACAUGACUUCUAUGAAACACCGGCAUUUCUUUUCGCUGUUUUUGAAAUGGCUCCAAAGGGUGAACUAUUCGAUAUUCUUAAUAAAUCAGUAACAGUUAGUGAGAAGAAAGCAAGACGUUUGAUGCGACAGCUUUUUGAUGGAGUUGCUUAUAUGCAUGAUAGAAAUAUUGUACACAGGGAUAUUAAGUUAGAAAAUAUUCUCUGUAUUGACGACGAAAGAAUUGUGAUUAGCGAUUUUGGGUUUGCUACACAGAUACAGCCAGGACAAAAAUUGAGAGAAUUAUUAGGAACGCCAGGUUAUUUAGCUCCUGAAAUGCUGAAAUGUCAGAUGUACGAAGAAGCUGAUGGAUACAGUGUUGAAGUUGAUGAUUGGGCACUUGGUGUCAUUUUAUAUACUUUACUUGCCGGUUGCGCACCUUUCUAUCAUCGACGACAGCUAAUGAUGCUUCGCAUGAUACAGGAAGCAAAAUAUGAAUUUCGAGCAGAUCAGUGGUCUCAAAUCACUUCCGAUGCUAAAGAUUUGAUCAGCCAUUUGUUAAUCGUUGAAGUUCAACAGCGUCUAACGGCUGCCCAAUGUCUGCAUCAUCCAUGGAUGAAAACUGCUGCUGUAACGCUAAAGAAGAGCGUGAUACAACAAAAAUUUGUUGCUGAAAAACGAGACUACAAAAAACUUUGGAAAUAUGGCAUUACAAUGGCACGAUUUUUUGUACGUCUAACAAAUAUCAAAGUAUUGAAAUUAUUGAUUGAUCGGGAUGUGCUGAGGGAUCGUCCAUUUCGUGAUCGUGAUAUUCGACACGAAUCUGAGGCUGCUGUAUUUGAAGUUUACGGACAUUGGGUCAAUCGCGGUUUUUAUUAUUCACGCGAUAUGUUAUUCGCAAAUAAACCUAAGCCAAAAUAUAGAAAAGUGGAAAUUGAAGCCAGCUAA